AUGUCGACCGUUGUCAAAGAAAAUGAUCAUGGAAAAAGAACCUGCUUGUAUGGUAGUGAAUUUGAAGUCUUAGAACAAAUUCAUGAAGACAGUGAAGAAUUUCCCCAUGAAAGCGGCAGCAUUGGUUUUCAAAUUGAGUGGCUUUCCGCUCACAAAGAAUAUCAAACUGACCUAAGUAUGGCUCAAAUUUACCAGCUAGAGGAGUGCAACAGAAGUUUAUUUACAGAGCCAAGCGAAGUAAAAAACAAGUUGCUAACUUCUGAUCUAUCCCAAAGUAGUUUUGAGGGAAAUAAUGGGAAAACUCAGUUCUACACUGGCAUUCCAAUGUUUUCAAUGUUUAUGCAGUUGUUUACUCUUAUUGCUCCCCAUGUUGUCAGCACAAGUACCAAUGCAUUAUGCCAAUUCCAGGAAUAUUUGUUGGUUUUACUACGUCUGUGGUUAAAUGUUCCUUUGCAAUAUUUAGCAUACGGUUUUAAAGUCAGUGUUUCAACAGCAUCAAGAGUAUCUAGCAGGUGGAUUGAUGUGAUGCAAGUCAGGUUGGAUUUCCUAAUUCGAUGGCCAGAGUGUGAAGAACUUAGAAAGACUAUGCAUUUAGUUUUCAGACAGAAUUUUGGACACGGAGUUGCUGUCAUAAUUGACUGUUUUGAACUUUUUACUGAUAUGCCAUCCAGCUUAAUUGCUAGAGCUAUAACUUGGUCUAAUUACAAACAUCAUAAUACUGUUAAAUUUUUAAUUGGAAUAAGCUUGGGGCGGGGGGGGGGUCAUGUUAGUGACAAACACCUCACUGAAAACUGGGGGCUCCUAAACAAGUUAUUACCAGGUGAUAUUGUUCUUGCAGAUAGGGGAUUUGACAUUGUUUACAGUGUUGGGUUUUACUAAGCUACCCUCAAAAUA